AUGGCUACAGUUCUCUCUUCUUGGUGGAUUACCGUCGUCCUGUGCGUCCUCUUGGCCGUUGUAGGCGCGAAUGGUCACUCGGACACGGAGCCGCGACUUUACGACACCGAAGUCGACACCUUUGAGGCCAGGCAGAUUGUCGGACUUCCCUCACCAUCAAUACUUCCCCUCAGCAAUCUUCCCGCGCCUACCACGCAUUCACCCCUCCCAAGCUUGACGCUGCCUUCAUUGCUCCCAACAAGCCAGUCCGCAUCAAACAGCACGACGAGCAGCAGCAGCAGCAGCAACAACAUCAACGUCCCCGCCAUCGUCGGCGCGGUCGUCGGCGGGCUGGCAGCGCUCUCCCUCGCCGUCGGCGCGUUCCUGUUCUGGCUCUGGCGCCGGGAGAAGCGGCGGGAUCAGGAAGAGGAGCUCGCGUUGCGUGCAAGCGGCGACCCGGGCGCACCUGCGCCUGCGGAGAAAGUAGAGAAGGCUCAGGCUUUGGGGGGCGCUGCCGCACCGCAGGUUCAUAGCUUCCGUGACCAGGCGACGUACACCGAUGCCGGCAAGCUCCCUCCUCCGGGUCGCGCCCGAAGCGGGACUGUGCGCAUGCGCACGAGCGACCCGGAGGGCCUGAGGGCACAGAGCUGGGGAUAUCCCGAGGCUUGAGAUGGCUCUCUGGCCUCUUGUGGCAGUUUGCCCCUGCUCUUCCCAUGCUGGUUUCGUGCAAGCUCGCGCUGCAUUUUUCUUUGGAAAAGGAUGCACAGCGGGCGGGCCUCCACGGAGCGCAACGAAUGGACAAGUCUGGCUAUUCUUGCUUACUUUCUUGGAUAUGAUUUGACCCUUGGCGCCCUGAGCUCUAACGACAAGCUAUGCCUUGCACGAAC